AGGGUACCACUUGAGGGGGGGUUGAGUUAGUUGUAUGUGAAUCGCGGAAGAGUCCAAAAAUAGUCGUCCGAUGGCACGUGAAAAUCUAUCUUUACAAACAAUUUAAUUGGACAAAUCUCACCAUUUUAUCUCACCGGAAGAGCUUUGGUGCUUUUCUGUGGUGGAAGCUCAACAUGAAAAUUGUCUGUGGAAAGUGGAUGCUUCGUGUGUGAAGGCGAAAAUUUUUUUUAGAGAGUCUGGAGGGUUGGAAAAAUCUCUGUGUGCGAUUUUGGGAGAUGUGAAAAGGGAGAAAUUUCCUCACAAUUGCGACUAAUUUCCAAACCCCUUUUUCCACCCUCUGCCACAGCCCAAGCUCUCGUCGUCAAUAGACGGGAAGAAAAGUUGGUGCUGAGUGAGAUACGAAGUAGAAUCUCGUGAAAAUAUCAAUGGUGAAGAUGGUGGUUUGCAGGGGAUACACUGUGUUUUGUGUAUAGGAGAUUGCAUCCCAUUUAUCGAUUUUCCUCCUGGUGAGAUAUGUGAAAGUCAGACACCAACAGACUCUCCAUUCCUAGCUCUCAUAGAGCUCAGUUCUCCCGCAAAAGGCACCUUUUCUUUUGCUACAAAUUUCAUGGGGCACCUGCCCCUGAGAAAAAGUAUCUUCCUAAGCCCCAAAUGAAGCCCCCCAGGGAGUUUUCCAUUGAUUUUCCCUAAUCCAACUGCUGUGAAAUAGCAGAAAAAAAAUAUUCAAACCCUCGCCCAAGUAUUUUACUGAGAAAAAUUUCCUGAUGUGAAGAAAAUUGGAAUGUUGGGGAAGUGAUGUGAGUGGAUUUCACGAUGUGAUAUUUAAAAUAUUCAAUUGUUGGGCGACAGUAAGAGGAAAUUGUGCUGGAAAAAAAUUGGUCUAUCGAGGGACAUGAUGAAAAGGUGAAAGGGCAGAAAAAUCUUGUGUCCGGGAGGAAUAAACGCUAAACACCCCUAUUUCUGUUUCUCCCCAGUGACAAGAAUACUAAAAGAAAAUAAAGAAGAAGAAAAAAAAUAAAGGAGUAAUUCCAGCACAGCAUGAAAAGUUGAAUUUUUAUCCAAUUUCAAGAUCCUGGAGGACAAAAGAAAGGGAUAGGUCUUGUGGCGUGACACGAACAGCCAUAUAGGAGGAUGGAUAAUGAAAAUCACGGGAUAUGCCGAGGCGCCACAGAUUUUCCGACGACGCCGAUCAAUAGACGUGGAAGAUUGCCAGAAAGUUUCUACUCCAGUAUCCACAAAAAGCCGCAUUCGAGCAAAGUGAAGAAGAGAAAGAGCAGUGCAGGUCUCGGAGACACCUCCCACUCUAGAUCCCAUCGCAGUCAGGAGGAUUUCUCCACGGAAUUCCACCACAACACCUUCCCCAGGCGGAAGAGUGUUGAAUGUCCAGAGGAUGGGGGUGGUUCAAUGAGGAAUGGGGAUGGGGAGGUGAGGAUUGGACAGCAAUAUUGGAAGGGUGAGAUUGGGAUAAAAAGCUUCAACUACUACCUACUGAAGGAGGGCCUCAAGACCACAAGAAAUGGUCAGAAAAAGCCUCCGCCGGAUACAGAGAUUUCCGGUGGGGUGCAUUCCGAUGGUGCCCUGGAACGAAUGCCAAGCUUUCGGCAUGGAGUCGAUGAAAAUCUGUAUGAAGAAAUUUAUCUGAUGGCAAAGAAUGAGGCCCUAAAACCAAGACCUGAUUAUCCGGAUUGUGAGCUCUGUGCCUCUCAGUGGGAGAGCGAGAAUAAAGAGAAUGAUGCUGUGAAUGAGAGUCAGGAGCAACAUGUCCUCAAAUUUCAAUCAUACAAUCCCAACAACCCUGGGAUUUAUAAAACAGAAACCACUCCCGUGGCUUUUCCCUGUGACUACAAUCCCCUGAAAACCCUAAUUAUGCCCUGUCCAGGAGACCGUAGAGAAUACUCCUCCUGCGAGUCCUUGUUACGUGAAGACGCUUCCUAUGGGCGUCGAUCAGCCCGAUUUUCUGAUCAGGAACACCCUGGAGCUAAGCAAAGAGGAAGCAUAAAAAGUGUCGAGUCCCUGACCUCCUCUCAUCCAUCUUGCCACUGUGGCAGCUCCGACAGCGACUGUAUGUAUUUCGAUUGCCAUCCCUGUCCUUUCGACGUGGAGAAGUGCAGCUUCAGUGACAAUACCCACUGUCAGGAUUGCGAUGACUACGUACGACGCCGCAUGAGACGAAACAACGAGCAGGAAAUCCACUAUCUGCGCAUUAAUCAGAGACAAGUGAAGAAGAGCGAGUAUUGGAGCGGAAGCUUACCACAUCUCAAGCGAGAAUCAGUAAAGAAGCCCUGUCAGCUUGGGCCUGACUGUGCCAAGUCAGACUGUCGUGUCCGGACCCUAGACAGAAGGACUACACGAUCAUCUGACCAAUUCAAUUUUCUCUCAGCGUACAAUUACGGUUAUGGGAUGAUAGAGAAAAAGGCAGCAGAACGUGGAGCUUGUGUGCCCAAUCAUGCUGCCAAAGUGGCUGCUAAUGCUGAUUUUCUAGCCAGAAGCAAUAUGGAAAUCCGGGAGAAGAUUAAUUCCAAGCGACAUUCACUGAUUGACGAUUCAGGAGUGGUCAAGAACGAAGUGGAUCCAACGAAAAAGCACACAACGAUGCGUAGGAGAAAGAAAUCGGCUGGGGCUAUCCCGAAAGUUAGCCAGGAUGCGGGGCAGAGUAUCGAGGGAGGCAGCAGGAGUGGGAGUCGUCGUCCCUCGAGGGAGAACGUGCAGAAAGUGUCCACGUACGGCUCCCACAGUGACGAUCAAAUCUUCUACAGUGCCAGAGACAGCCAACAGAAGAAGAGGUGCCACUCUCUUGGCAUUUUCCAGAGUGUCAGAGAUGGAAGUGGAUCUUCCGUUGGCAUGGUACAGUCAUCGCACAUGAAGUCACCAGCGACAGUUCAGUCAACUGGACCUACGCAGGAGAAGUCGCGCAAACGCGACGAUGCUGCGAGAGAUGCUGAGGCGGAUGUGGGGAGUGGAGCUUGUGAGAGUGGCGACCGAGGCGGUGGCGCCAACGAAGACAACGAAGCCCCAACAUCGCCACGAGUUCGGCAAGAGCCCAAAGAAAACACAUCGCAGUUGCAAUCAAAUGAAAUCAGUUUCGCGUCGCUUACCGCUGGUGAUACUUCGCACAGUGGACACCUGCUCAUAAAUCCGGACGUUGCUAACGGCAGCGAAAUCGAUUUUUGCGAUUUACCCCUGCCAAAGACACCAGAGGGCAAAGGGAAGCCUUUUGUGGACUCAACCACGCACAAUGUGGACAGAGUGAAAGACAUGCACUACCACAAUCCGACCAAGACUUCAACAUACCUCUUUGGGGAGACCACGACGCAACAGAACGACAUAUUCCUCAACAGAUCCGGUUGGGUACAGGUGAAACAUCGCCCAGAGGCGGAUGAUCAUCAAUUUGCUCGUGCGGGGUCACGCAAGAGUGACAAUCACAGGAAACUCGAGGAACUCAUUGCACGGAAUGAGGCACGAAAGCUACUGCUCCUGCAGAAUAUCCAUCACCACUCCCUGGCCACGGAUACACUUCAGGCACCGGUUCAUGGAGAGAGACCAAUGUCCCCAACCACUGGUCUUCACAUCAUCUCCCCUCCGCCUGCCUUCCAGGAUACCAGUUCUGCAGCUGUAAAGGCACCCUUCCCACCAGAUACCAAGGAUUCCCAGGGUGGCAAAAGAAUGGUUUUUUCCCGAAGUUUCGAAUGUGACACAGCGAAACUCAAAUCUGACUACAAGGACAGCUACUCAAAGAGCUUCGAAUUUGACUAUGAAGCUCCUAAGGGCAAUCAUCUCACGGUGCUGCAAAAUGUCCCGCCAAAAAACAGGAAUAGUGCUUUUGCCUCCCUUACGGGCAUCUCUCCCAAUUAUCUAACUGGCCGAACAAAUAGCUUCAAAGUUCAGCCGGAUGUGCCGCAGGCCAAUGCCACUCAAAAUAAGUUUCUGAAGCCGUCGUAUGGAGCUAAAGCAGGGCUUCCUCCGAAGAUGGGUACUCAGGCUAUCGGAGGGGACAAGAAGAAAUCAGCGGCUGUGAGCAGUAUGAGGGUCAACAGGGGUGGUGGCUCAACUUUUGCCACAAUGCGAGGAUACAGGAGUCUUACGACUUCCUCGUCAAUUAACAAGAGGCUCAAUUCGUACGACAGUGGCACGAGAUCUGAUUUCUCAAAUGAUGAGGAGGAUAAUGAAACUCCCACCCUGCAACCCUAUCAGCAGAAUUACCCACCUGUUUCGAUUAAUGUGUCAGACUACCAGGUGAGCAGGAAUGCUAGAAGUCGUUCGGCAUUUCCCACAAAUGUUAGUGGUACGAGACUACAUAGGUCAAAUACUGUUGAGAGUCGAUCGAUGGCACCUCCUGGUGAGGAUAGGUCGACAAUUAUGAUAAGGACUCCUCAACAAUUGGCCAGGAGUUAUGAGGCCACAUACUUGGCAAAUAGUCUAAGAGCAGCCAAGAAUUACGAGGAGGAUGAUGUGUAUGUGUCUAGUCGGAGUUCAAGCUCGAGUGUUGAGGAUAUUGGAGCGUCUACGGAUAUCUAUCGACGACAGCCGAACCGUCAGAGUACGGAAUCUCGGAUUCGCCGCUCGAGAUCUCUACAGUUGUCCGUAAGAUCACCAAGUCGAGUGCCAAUGGCAGCUAGAACAUCUGCUAUGGCUAGACCAGCAAGAACCUCCAAGUACCCUCCUCCAACUCCCCAUCCAGUUGCCCUGAUGCAUCAUCAAGGCCAAAAUGUACCCCAAUCCCGCGGAAAAGAUAAGCCGAGUAACCAACAGAAACUCAAGCAAGAUGCCAACACACGAUCCUUAGACAUGGAUGGUAAAUCUUACGGUGGAAGUUUUGACUUUGAUCCCAAAGUCACAUCCUUCGAUGAAACCUGCUCCAAUCUCACCAAUCUCCAUUUUGUCAAUUCAAACAAUGAGCGCAUCUUUGCGGAAUCGAAAUACAAUCAGCAGAACCAGACUCAGCGUGGGCAGCAGAGCAGCUCAUAUGGAAGUCGCCUGUACGACCAUGAACUGGUAUAUCAGCCAUGGAGACGCAAUCGAUCCCCAAUUAUGGAUUACGGGCCAAAGACCAAAGUGACCCCUAAAAGGGAUUCUUCCCUACCACCCUACCACUCCCAGACACCAUCAUCCAUGAGUCGCAGUGAACAAGACUCCAGCGAAAGUUGCACGGGUGGCCAUCAACAGCACUCGCGCAAGGUGAAAUGUCCUGGCGAGAAAAGCAAUAGCCUCGACGAUGAGAUUUGCAGCAGACGAUCUGAUAUGUAUAGUUCAUGUAUAGAAAGUAGCAAUAGCAGUGCCGGAAUGAAAGUUAAAAAUGAUUUUCAGAAGAAGUCAGACACACCAAAAGAAACAUAUAUAAAAAUACCUUGUAGUAAUAAUCAGAAUUGCCAAAUGAUGACAGACAACAAGUGUAGUAAUGCGAAAAUUGAACCACCAGCCAACAGAAACGAUUCCGUUGAUGAUGACACGGGGAGAGGUGAUCUGCAAGACAAGAGUCUGCUGUCACCAGCACGUGCCAACUAUCGCAGCAAAUCCCUCCCCAAGUCAUUCAUGAGGAAUAGCCACACGAAGAAAUCAACUGGAAGUCGACCAACAAAAUUGACAAAUCAAAUGAGAGCUGUAUCCAGUCCACUGUUCACAGAGGAGACCUUCACUUUUAAGACUAAUGAAAACCAAAUACCUGAAAAUGAGACUUUAACUGUCGCCAGUAGUAACGAGUCAGUUCUGCAGAAAUUCAAGAAGAGCCUCAACCAAUUCCGAGGGAAGCACAGUCGGAAACGCAACAAAUGUGACGAGUGUGAAACACAAUUGUCCAAGGAAAUGAGUCGAAGCGAGGAGAGUCGUUUGAUGACCAAAACGGAUUCUGAACCAGAAAUAUUCCGAGAAAAUCUCUCACAGUCAUUUCCUGAUAGUCUAACGUCUCUGCAGGAGGAAGAGGAAAAAGCCCCAAUAUACGCUGAGGCCGUGUUUGCUUUCCAAGCCAGUGAUUCUCAGGAAUUGGCUCUGCGGAAGGGAGACCUCAUUGAGGUAUUUGUCUACGACGACUGUCCCUGGUGGUGGGGAAAACUCAUGUUGCCGGAUGCACUACCUGCAAUGAGUGCUCCUGCAACCCGCGACGGCUGGUUCCCGCGGGAUUUUGUCAAAGUUAUCCCAAGUGUGGCCGUGAGGAGCAAGAAAGCCGAAAGUAUGGCCACAAUUCCCCAAGAUGACCGGAUGCGCAAUGGGGGAGCUACUGAUAAGCCGUCGACGUCCAAUCAAGAGUAUCAAGUCAAUUUCCGUGAGAAUGCCAUCCGCGAGCUUUUGGACGCCGAAACGGCUUAUGUGAAUCUUCUAUCAUCUCUCUGCUAUGGAUUUCUGCACAAACUUCGACUCCAUACAGAUAUAUUUCCUAUGGAAAGUAUCAACUGUAUCUUUUCAAACAUUGAGGACAUUCUUCACUUUCAAGAGGCAUUCCUCGAUGCACUCAAAACAGGAAUUCGCAAUCAUUCUAUUGCCAAAGUGUUCUUAAGCCAUCAAGCGGCUUUUUCUGUCUACUCCACCUACUGCAAUGCCCAUCCACGUGGCUUUAUGGAAUUGGAAAAGUACACAGGGAAUAAAAUGGCUAGUGAAAUUCUAGAGAGGUGUAGAAAGAGUGAAAAACUCCCAGAACUUCCACUAACAGCACAUCUUCUAGCCCCAAUUCAGAGGAUUUGCCGAUAUCCACUUCACUUGAGUGAACUGGUUAAGUACUUUCCCUCAAAUCCCAAUUUCCAGCGCGACGUGAAGAAGGAUCAGGAGAUGAUGGACUGCAAGGAGUCAUUUGAACUGGCAUUGGCAACGAUGAAGAAGGUCGCAGAAAUGGUCAAUGAAGAGAAAAGAAACAGCGAGCACAUGUCUCGAAUUCAGGCGCAAUUUGACAAUUUUACGGGCCCCCCACUUCACUUCCACAGCACCCGGCUUUUUUUGCAAAUUGACGCCAUUCGCUUGUCCCCAAAUCUCUGGAACAAUACCUUUACACUUUUCCUCUUCGACCGACAGAUUAUCUACUGUCGCAAGGACUUUAUGAAGCGCACCCAUUUCAUCUACAAGGGGCGCAUUUUCUUGGACAAUUGCAGCAUUCUCAAUCUUCCGGAUGGAAAAAUGUUUGGGGUCACACUAAAGAAUGCCCUUCGAAUCUACUGUGAUACGAGAAACAAAUGGCAUGAUUUUUGCUUCCGCAGUUCUGCCCACAAAAUACGCUUCCUGAAUACCCUUUCCGUUGAGCGUCAAUACUGUGGGACAAGUCUCUUUGUUUCGGAAUUUGCUGGAACUGCAGAUGAUGACCAUUUGACAGAUGAUGAGGAAUUCAGGGGCAAGGCGCAAGAAAAUGAGCAAAUUCGCAAGGAUGAAACUCAGAAUGGAAUCAAUUUAGUAGGAGGAAGUGGACAGGCGAAAAAACUAAAAGCAGAAUCACCCUAUGAUGUUCCCAAGAAGGCAACACCCGUGGAAGAAGGGACAUCUUCAAUGAAUCGUCGCCAUCUGGCCAAUUGGUUCAGGAAGCCAAAGAGCACAAAUAGCACACCAUUCCAGAGUCCCACACAUCGACCACCCAGUCAGGAUGUUCCGUGUGUGUCGAGGAGUGUGGAUAAAAGUGGAAAGAGCGCCCCAAAGAUCCCCGAUUCCGCCAUCAAAAUGUCCUGAGGGUGCGAGAGUACACUCCUCUAGACGGAAAUUAUUCCCAUUCCUGCAAUAAAUUAUCUAACUAGCAGUGGAAUUUCGUAAAAUAUUCAUAGUUCUGAAUCGUCAAAUCGGCACUCAUAAAUCUCCGUUUCGUUAAAAUUGGCAGUUUGUAUAGAAAUUAGCCGAGUAGUGCCAAUUACCGCCGAUUUGGCAAGAAAUUUGUAAUUUUAAGCUCUCUAAAGCACAAAUACAAAAAAACAAUUGAACGCAGGGUUGUUGCUGAAAACGCACACAUUGACAAAAGCAAUUACAUUGAAUAUGAAAGCUAGAACAGAGAUGUAUUGAAUAUAUUUAAAAUUAAAAAUUUGGUUUCAUCAAAUAAUGAGCAAAAAUUAUUUUUUCUAGUAUUUUAUUCAUGGUGAAAAUUUCUUAAGUGGUAUAGGUUGUCUUCCGAAGUGACGUUUCUUUGAAAAGAACAUAACCUAAAUGGAAAAAGUGUUCAAAAAAAAUCUUCGAUAAAUAGUUCUAUUGAAGUUUCCGAUGAAUAAAAUUUGCAAAAAACACAUUCCCAGUAUAUUUCUAGGAAAUUUGAAAGUUUAGUCUUCAAAAAUGUCCUUUUGAAUUACAUAACCUCUAAAACACUUUGUCGUUUUUGAAAAAGUUCCUGUUAUCUGAAGAAUAGUCCUUAAAAAAUAUGAAAAAAAAUCUUGCAGAUUCAUAUUUUGUUACGCAAAUUAUCUAGCAAGCGACAUAAUCCGUAGAACAAAAUCUAACCUAGAAAAGUUUCACUUGGUCAAUAGAUAAUAUCGAGAUAUAACCUCAAAAUUUUAUUGAAUUUAAAAUGCACUUUAACAUCAUAGUAAAUUCGGUAAAUUCACUUUGAGGUUAUAGUCGAGUUCCCCAAAUUUGAACUCCUCAAAUUUGAACGACAUUUGAGUUCAAAAUGUAAAAUUUGAGGUUAUGUGAAGAAAGUUUUGCGUGAAGUCUGAAUUAGAAUCAUUUUUCUCUGAUGCUUCCUGAAUAUUAUCGUAUUAUAUUACCUUCCUCAACAAAUUCCAUUUAUUUCACUAUAAAUUACAUUGAUAUAUUCUCUAAAGUUAUUUAUCUUAAUGUAGGUUAGGGAAAGUGCAUUUCAUAUGAAUUCCGUUACGUUUUUGAAAAUAUUGUUCAAAUUUGAGGAGUGAGAAAUGUCAUCUAUAUCCCCCAAAUGUUCAAAUUUGAGGAACUCUACUGUAUGUCUGCAUAAAACUAUGGUUUUUUUCACAUAACCUAAAAUUUUGUAGUGAAAAUUACUUUACAAGUAAGAGUUUUAAGACCAUAAAACUACAUAAAAAACUUAAUUUGAUGUUCAUAAUGAAGUUUUCGAGGUUAUGGAAAUCAUAACCUCAUAUUUCAAAAGAAUCUUAUUACAGUAGAGUUCCUCAAAUUUGAACAUUUGGGGGGUAUAGAUGACAUUUCUCACUCCUUAAAUUUUAACAAUAUUUUCAAAAAUGUAACGGAAAUCAUGUGAAAUGCACUUUCCCUAAAUAAAUAAAAGUAACUUUAGAAAAUAUAUCAGUGUAGUUAUCGUGAAAUAAAUGGAAUUUGUUGAGGAAGUUAGUAUAAUACGAUAAUAUUCAGGAAGCAUCAGAGAAAAAUUAUUCUAAUUCAGACUUCACGCAAAACUUUCUUCACAUAACCUCAAAUUUUACAUUAUUUUGAAUGCAACCGUCGUUCAAAUAGAGGAACUCGACUGUAUUUAAGAAAGAUUAAGUAUCCUUCUCUUUAAGAAAGAGAAAGAUAAGUGAUAUUUUUUAUAGGUUAUGUCGUCAUUAAAUGGUCUCAAACUGAAUAAGAAAACCUCACUUUAGAACAUAACCUCUGCUACUUUUUAUAAGGAAUUUUACAUCAGCAUCAAAGUAAAGGUUAAACAUUUUAAAUUGAAUUGUUAGACAUUUUGAUUUUAAAUUUUUACAACAAUUAAAAAUCUAUUGGGAACACUGUAAAAAUAAGCAAUGAGCACAAGUAAAAAAUAUUUAUGACAUAUUCCUUGACAAAAAUUUCGUUAAUUAGAUAAAAAAAAACUCUUCAAGUUUUACAUCUAACGAUGACCUCUAUUAUUCUUAACCUCAAAUUUCGAAAGCUCCAAAAGUUUUAACGGUUAUUUUAUAAAAUUCCACUGCAUCCUUACUUUUUUUCUCUAAUAACUCGUAAGCUUUCAACAAAACUGAUAAUAACUUUAUGAAGGAUUUGAAAGAAGAAAAAUGAAUGUUGAGAUAAGGAGAAACCAUUUUCGUUGUAGCGUUAACUUGUUAGACAAAAAAACACAGACUCUUUGAAAGAUGUUGAUGUGUAUAAUAAAAACUGAAGAAAUAAUUGUAAAGAAUUGAGUUGCUGCAGCAACAGACACUAUUAAAUAUUUAAGAACAAUGGUAGAGAACA